CCUUAACCCACUGAGCAAGGCCAGGGAUCGAACCCGCAACUUCAUGGUUCCUAAUCAGAUUCAUUAACCACUGCUCCACGAUGGGAACUCGUACAAGUACUUUGCUGAUGGUGGCUUGCAUCCGAUGAGCCUCUCUGUCUGCUUGUUCACUAUGUCCCAGGGAGUUUCUUGUUCUCACUGGAUGCUUCCAACCCAGCCCACAUGGGCAGUUCAGAGCCUCCCCUGCUGCUUCUCCUGAAACUCUGAUAUGGGCUCAUGGUCUUGAGUCCUUUAAUGACAACCCAAGGCAACUUCACAGUUGGACUCUUAUAUUCUUCUGUGAACUUAGGGGGGCUUGCAUUCACUCUCCCCACCUGGCAUGACAGGAUCCUAAGGAAGAACAUAACACCCUCUUUUCAUGCCUAGCACGGCCAUGGCUCGUGGUCCCAAGAAACACCUGAAUCACGUAGCAGCUCCAAAGCCUUGGAUGCUGGAUAAACCGACUGGUGUGUUUGCUCCUCAUCCAUCUACUGGUCCCCACAAGCUGAGGGAAUGUCUCCCCCUCAUCAUUUUCCUAAGGAACAGACUUAAGUGUGCCCUAAUAGGAGAUGAAAUAAAGGUCUGCAUGCAGUGUUUCAUUAAGAUUGAUGGCAAGGUGCACACGGAUAUAACCUACCCUGCUGGGUUUAUGAAUGCCAUCCACAUUGACAAGACUGGAGAGAAUUUCUGUCUGAUCUGUGACACCAAGGGUCAUUUUGCCCUUCAUUGUAUCACACCUGAGGAGGCCAAGUACAAGUGUUGCAAAGGGAGAAAGAUCUUUGUGGGCACAAAGGAAAUCCCUCACCUGGUCACCCAUGAUGCCCGUACCAUCCGCUACCCUGAUCCCCUCAUCAAGGGGAAUGACACCAUUCGAAUUGAUUUGGAGACUGGCAAGAUUACUGAUUUCAUCAAAUUUGAUACUGGUAACCUGUGCAUGGUGACUGGAGGUGCUAAGCGGGGAAGAAUUGGUGUGAUCACCAGCAGGGAGAGACUUCCUGGUUCUUUCAAUGUAGUCCAUGUGAAAGGUGCCAAUGGCAACAGCUUUGCCACCCAGCUCUCCAACACUUUUGUUAUUGUCAAAGGCAACAAACCAUGGAUCUCUCUUCCCCGUGGAAAGGGUAUCCACCUUACCAUUGCCGAGGGGAAAGACAAGAGACUGGCGGCCAAAGGGAGCAGUGGAUAAAAUGAUCUAUAGGCGACAUGAUUGGAAAAGUCUUUAUACUUAAUUAAAGAUAAUACCGCAUUAACAAAAGAACAUAACACCAAGAAGAAUUGUAACCUGGCAGAGAAAAGAACAUCAUCUUAAUAUUUGAAAACUUCAAAAAUUACAAGUUUUCCUGAAAGCCCUAAAAAUAGAUACCAGCCACUAAAGAUUCCUAACCCCAGGGACCCAUCUAAUUUUAAGAUGAGUCAAAUGAACUGAAUGUCUGUGUGGACAGAAGAUUCCAAACUCUUUACGGGUAAAAGAAAUUUUACAAAAUGCUGUAAUGUGAUCAGGGUUCUGAGCCCUUUAACUCGUGAAGUAGAAAACAAAGGGAUGCUUUCCAGCCAGGCAGAAAUGGUCUGUCCUGACUUUACCCUGUUGCGCCUGCUACAUAUGCUUGAUUCGGAACAGAUUUUUUUCCAAGUUCCUUUUUUCAAAAAAAAGUGAUGACUGCUGAUUGAUUUUCAUAAGAUUUGACUUACUCUUUCAUGCCCAUGUGACACAAAUUAGAUUGGUCAUUCUUUUCUCUGCCAUUUUUGUGUGUAUGUGUGUGAUUUUUUUUAAUUUUUUUAUUACUCAAUGAAUUUAUCACAUUUAUGGUUGUACAAUGAUCAUCACAAUCCAAUUUUAUGGGAUUUCAAACCCACAACCCCAGCU